GGUGGAGGCUGAGCAAUCGCAGUUUCUAAGCCGGGGUCCGGGAUCCCCGGGGGCGAACCCUGUCGGAACCCGGGGGCGCCCAAAGGCCGGACACCAUGGCGUCCAUCCUGGAUGAAUACGAGGACUCCCUGUCCCGCUCGGCGGUCUUGCAACCCGGCUGCCCCAGCGUGGGCAUCCCUCACUCGGGGUAUGUGAAUGCCCAGCUUGAGAAGGAAAUGCCUAUCUUCACGAAGCAGCGCAUUGACUUCACUCCUUCUGAGAGAAUCACUAGUCUGGUCGUCUCCUGCAAUCAACUGUGCAUGAGCCUGGGCAAGGACACGCUGCUCCGCAUUGACUUGGGCAAGGCCAAUGAGCCCAACCACAUGGAGCUGGGACGCAAGGAUGAUGCCAAAGUUCAUAAAAUGUUCCUGGACCACACGGGCUCCCAUCUGCUGAUUGCCCUGAGCAGCACCGAGGUCCUCUACGUGAACCGGAAUGGGCAGAAGGUGCGGCCUCUGGCCCGCUGGAAAGGGCAGCUGGUGGAGAGUGUGGGCUGGAACAAAGCCCUGGGCACUGAGAGCAGCACCGGGCCCAUCCUGGUGGGCACUGCCCAGGGCCAGAUCUUUGAAGCCGAGCUCUCAGCCAAUGAGGGGGGGCUCUUCGGUCCUGCCCCCGACCUCUACUUCCGUCCACUGUACGUGCUCAACGAAGAAGGGGGGCCGGCCCCUGUGUGCUCCCUGGAGGCGGAGCGGGGCCCCGACCGCCGUGCCUUUGUCCUGGCCACCACCCGCCAGCGUCUCUUCCAGUUCAUCGGGAAGACGGCAGAGGGGGCGGAUGCCCAGGGCUUCUCGGGGCUCUUCGCUGCCUACGCCGACCACCCCCCGCCCUUCCGCGAGUUCCCCAGCAGCCUGGGCUACAGCGAGCUGGCCUUCUACACCCCCAAGCUGCGCUCGUCACCCCGGGCCUUCGCCUGGAUGAUGGGGGACGGCGUGCUGUACGGCGCCCUGGACUGCGUGCGCCCUGACUCGCUGCUGAGCGAGGAGCAGGUCUGGGAGUACCCCGAGGGUGUGGGCCCCCGCGCCAGCCCCCCGCUGGCCAUCGUCCUGACCCAGUUCCACUUUCUGCUGCUGCUGGCCGACCGCGUGGAGGCCGUGUGCACGCUGACCGGGCAGGUGGUGCUGCGCGACCACUUCCUGGAGAAGUUCGGGCCCCUGCGGCACAUGGUGAAGGAUGCGUCCACCGGCCACCUGUGGGCACACACGGAGCGCGCCGUCUUCCGCUACCACGUGCAGCGGGAGGCGCGCGACGUGUGGCGCACGUACCUGGACAUGAACCGCUUUGACCUGGCCAAGGAGUACUGCCGUGAGCGACCCGACUGCCUGGACACCGUACUGGCCCGCGAGGCCGACUUCUGCUUCCGCCAGCGGCGCUACGUGGAGAGUGCCCGCUGCUACGCGCUCACACAGAGCUACUUCGAGGAGAUCGCCCUCAAGUUCCUGGAGGCCCGGCAGGAGGAAGCUCUGGCCGAGUUUCUGCAGCAGAAGCUGGCAGGCCUGAAGCCUGCAGAGCGCACGCAGGCCACGCUGCUCACCACCUGGCUGACCGAGCUCUACCUGAGCCGGCUCGGCGCCCUGCAGGGGGACCCCGAGGCCCUGACCCUCUACCUGGAGACCCGGGAGCGCUUCCGAGCCUUCCUCAGCAGCCCCCGCCACAAGGACUGGCUCUUCGCCAGCCGCGCCUCCAUCCACGAGCUGCUGGCCAGCCACGGGGACACAGAGCACAUGGUGUACUUCGCUGUGAUCAUGCAGGACUACGAGCGUGUGGUGGCCUACCACUGCCAGCACGAGGCCUACGAGGAGGCCCUGGCGGUGCUGGCCCGCCACCGCGACCCACAGCUCUUCUACAAGUUCUCCCCCGUUCUCAUCCGUCACAUCCCCCGCCAGCUGGUGGACGCCUGGAUGGAGAUGGGCAGCCGGCUGGACGCCCGGCAGCUCAUUCCGGCCCUGGUGAACUACAGCCAGGGGGGCGAGGCACAGCAGGUGAGCCAGGCCAUCCGCUACAUGGAAUUCUGCGUGAACACGCUGGGUGAGACGGAGCAGGCCAUCCACAACUACCUGCUGUCACUGUACGCCCGUGGCCAGCCCGCCUCGCUGCUCACCUACCUGGAGAAGGCCGGGGCCAGCCCGCACCGUGUGCACUACGACCUCAAGUAUGCCCUGCGGCUCUGUGCCGAGCACGGCCACCACCGUGCCUGUGUCCACGUCUACAAGGUCCUGGAGCUCUACGAGGAGGCUGUGGACCUGGCCCUGCAGGUGGAUGUGGACCUGGCGAAGCAGUGUGCAGACUUGCCCGAGGAGGAUGAGGAGCUGCGGAAGAAGCUUUGGCUGAAGAUCGCGCGCCACGUGGUGCAGGAAGAGGAGGACGUGCAGACGGCCAUGGCUUGCCUGGCCAGCUGCCCCCUGCUCAAGAUAGAGGACGUCCUGCCCUUCUUCCCGGACUUCGUGACCAUCGACCACUUCAAGGAGGCCAUCUGCAGUUCCCUGAAGGCCUACAACCAGCACAUCCAGGAGCUGCAGCAGGAGAUGGAGGAGGCCACGGCCAGCGCCCAGCGCAUCCGGCGUGACCUGCAGGAGCUGCGGGGCCGCUAUGGCACCGUGGAGCCCCAGGACAAGUGCGCCGCCUGCGACUUCCCCCUGCUCAACCGCCCCUUCUACCUCUUCCUCUGUGGCCACAUGUUCCACGCCGACUGCCUGCUGCAGGCGGUGCGGCCCGGCCUGCCGGCCUACAAGCAGGCCCGGCUGGAGGAACUGCAGCGGAAGCUGGGGGCCGCUCCGCCGCCCACCAAGGGCUUGGCCCGGGCCAAGGAGGCUGAGGGUGCAGCCGCUGCUGCAGGGCCCAGCCGGGAACAGCUCAAGGCUGACCUGGACGAACUGGUGGCUGCUGAGUGCGUGUACUGUGGGGAGCUGAUGAUCCGCUCCAUCGACCGGCCCUUCAUUGACCCGCAGCGGUACGAGGAGGAGCACCUCAGCUGGUUGUAAAAGGGAAUGUGUCCCCACAGGCGGGUGGGCAGGUGGUCGGGUCAGCCACUGGUCCCUUCGUGGGAGGCUGAGCUGAGUCAGGGCCUGGUCCUCUCCAAAUGAGGGCGAGUGGCUUUCCAGUUGCCACCCCCUCCCCCCACACACAGGUGGUGGCUCUGAGUUUGACCGACCGUGGCUUCUGCUGUCCCCACGGCCCUGCGUGGAGCCGCCUGUCGGCCCCGGUCAGUAGCCUCCUACCAGGAGAGCGUCUGAGCCUGCCAG